AUGGUUAAGAACGCGACAAAGGGUGAAGUUGUCAAUAUUGAAGUAGAUCUCCUUUUCUCUGAACAAAAGAGACUUAAAAAGAGGAAGCUGACAGAUAAAAGAAAUACAAGCUAUCCCUGUGGAACAUGUGAUUAUGCGGCAAUAAAAUCCAGUCAUUUGAAGAAACAUAUUCAAAGUAAACAUGAAGGAGUGAGAUAUCCUUGCGAUCAAUGUGAAUACGCUGCCACUCAAGCAGGUAGUCUAAAGAUACAUAUUGAAAGUAAACAUGAAGGUGUGAGAUAUCCAUGUUCUCAUUGUGAAUACGCUGCCACUCAAGCACGUGAUCUGAAGUUACAUAUUGAAUCUAAACAUGAAGGAAUAAGAUAUCCUUGUUCUCACUGUGAAUACGCUGCUACUACAGCACGUAGUCUGAAGAAACAUAUUGAAAAUAAACAUGAAGGAGUGAGAUAUCCCUGUGAUCAGUGUGAAAACGUUUAUACUGAUUCACAAAUUCUGAAGCUACACAUUGAAUCUAAACAUAAAGGAGUGAGAUAUUCCUGUGACCUGUGCAAUUACGUGGCCAACAAAGCAAAAAAUCUGAAGGUACACAUGGAGACUAAGCAUCAAGGGGUUAGAUAUCCCUGUGGCCAGUGUAUGUAUGCAGCAACUCAUCCAAGUAAUCUAAAGAAACACAUUGAAAAAAAACAUCAAGGUGUGAGAUAUCCUUGCGAUCAGUGUGAAUACGUUGCUGCUGAAGUAAAUAGUCUGAAGUUGCACAUUGAAUCUAAACAUGAAGGAAUAAGAUAUCCUUGUUCUCACUGUGAAUACGCGGCUACUAGAGUUAAUAGUCUUAAAGAGACAUAUUGAAAAUAAACAUGAAGGAGUGAGAUAUCCCUGCGAACAAUGUGAGUAUGCUGCCAUAACAGCAAGUAAUCUGAAGUUGCACAUU